GUUAUGUAGGUUAAGUACCUCAGUACCUACCUGCUUAGUCACUAUCUAUCACAUCAUCGCGUCGCACCGUCAUUGGCACCCAUGAGGAAAAAUACUUGACUCAGGAUUGAUAGUAAAGAACCGAGUGGUGGCUGAUAGUACCUACUGCAGUAUACCAAUUAAAAUACCUCAUCUCUAGGAAAUCCAGGAUUACAAAAGUUACUUUUCGCCAAAAUAAACCAGGAUCAGGUUCUGUUCGAAUUAUUAUUAUUCUUAUUAUCGUUAUUAUUAUUAUUCUCGCCUCGCCACUGCAGACUCUGACGGAAACGGCUGCUCCCCACCGGAUCCCUCGGUGGAACCAGCUCUUGUCCGGCAGAUCGCCGACUCUGUGUCAUAUCUCUUCUUUUCUCUUUUCCUUUUUCAUUUCCCUCUGCUCCCUUCUCCCUCCCAUUAUUACCUUUCCAUCUUACAGUCUUGACGUGCCGUCUUGUCCCUGACAGCGGUGCCUGCUUUCAACACCAUGGCCCUCAGCUUUCUUACCGGCAGCGGAGGCGCCAGCCAUGCCAAAUACUUUGAUAUCCGUCUCGAUGAAGAUUACAUUGUCUUUCGUGGAACCGAACAUGAAGCUGCCAGCGCGCAUCUGAAAGGUACCCUCGUGCUCUGUCUAACAGAACCCCUGCACGUCAAACACCUCAAGUUACAUUUGACCGGCAUGUCGCGUGUGUGCUGGCAUCUUCCGUCGACAUCGACCGCCGGCGGCAGGAAAUCAUGGCGCGAGCGGGCCUUCUACGAGAAAACAUGGACUUUCAGGGAUGCGGGCAAGGGGAAAACAGAGACUCUGCCGGCGGAAAACUACGAAUUCCCCUUUGAUGUCAUCUUGGAGGGGUCGUUGCCGGAGAGUAUCGAGGGGCUGCAUGAGACGUGGAUCACAUACCGCUUCAAGGCCGAGAUCGGCAGAAAGUACGCCAAGGACAUCAUCGUUCGAAAACCGCUACGCAUCAUUCGUACUUUGGAUCCGAGUGCGCUGGAAUUAUCUCACGCGAUGUCUGUGGAAAAUAUCUGGCCCAACAAGAUCGAGUAUUCUAUCAGUACCCCCACCAAGGCUGUCAUUUUCGGCACCAGUGUCCGUGUCGACUUCAAGUUGGUCCCUCUUCUGAAGAACCUCCGGAUUGGCCAGAUCAUUUCGCAACUGAUCGAGAGCCACGACUUGACGCUAAACCCAGAGGACCCGGACUCCAUCCGUAAUACCUACAAGGUGACGAGAACCAUUCUGAACGACGAGCACGAAUUGGAUCUAGAUGCCAAUCUAGAGAUCCUCGACGAGGAGGCCGAGGGCUACCAGUUCUCGCGCUACCUCGAUCUCCCCAAGACCUUGACCCGCUGUCUGCAAGAUGCCGACACCAAGGGCAUCAAGGUCCGCCACAAGCUCAAGUUUCGUAUCCAGCUUCACAACCCGGACGGACACGUCAGCGAGCUUCGUGCAACUCUUCCCGUGUCUAUUUUUAUCUCCCCUAAUAUGGCUAUCGAUGACAACAACCACUUGGUGGACCAGACACCCCAGUCAGCGCAGCGAGCGGCAGACGACAUGGCUCAGCAAGCGCCCCCCAUGUACAGCGAGCACCAAUUCGACCAGCUCUACAGCGGCAUGGAUCCCAACGGGUACCGUACCCCUGGCCCUGUCAGCGGGUCUGGCACGCCCUUUGGCGCCCUGAGCCGCAACAUCUCGUCCGAGAACCUGGCCUCGAUGAACGCCCUGACCAACCUGUCUGCGUCCGCGCUGCACAGCCGCCUGUCUCACCUGCACGCGAACGGGGUCAGCCGCCACACCGACCAACACCCGCCGCCGCCGCCGCCGCCGGACACCAGCAACCACGGCGCUGACGGGACGGACAGCGGGACCCGGCGCCUGAAUGUGCCACCCGACUAUUUCAGCAUCAACUCGCCGUCGAGCCCUGUCUCGCAGCACAGCCCGACGAGCCCGGAGCUGUCGCGGCGCCCGUCCGACGAGAUGGUGGACCACGAACAGAUCGCCUCGGGCAUGGCGACCCCCUACCACCCCCAGUACGCCGAGGUCGAGACUCUGAGUCGGGUACCCAGCUACUCGACCGCGAUGCGUUCAAGCGUGCGCCCCUGCGACACGGGGCUCCCGGACUACAACGCCGUCAUGGCCAGCGAUAUCCUCACGCUCCCGACCCCGCAGUCCCCGCAGCAGGUCCAUCUACGCAGCAGCGGCCGCUCGACCCCUCAUCUGUCGGCUCUAGAGGUGCAUUCCCUCCAUUCCUCUCACUCUCGUCCUUCGCGUUUAUCUGACGACGAGGACCGCAGGUUACGUCUCGUUCAAGCUCGCGCACGAGGUUAACCUCGUAGCUUAGCCUCGGGUUGUCUCUCCUCUAGUUCGCCUCUCUCCUCCUGCCAGUGCUGGACGCUGCAAUGAUUAUAUCCCUCUAAUGUCUCCCUGCACAUUAUCCUGUUCGUUCCAUUUUAUCCUUGUUUCUUUUUUUUUUUUACUAUUUCAUCUUAGAUGGACGGGGCGUUUGAUAGACGGUUGAUAUGACGA